AUGCUAUUUUCAAAACGUAGAACUUUGUAUCAACUGAAAAGAUGGAUGAUCUUGUGCUUACUUCUGUGGACAUCAUUUUGUAUACUUGUGAUAUGGAAAUAUUCAGAAUUCAAUUUUUAUCUUUCAAGAAAUGUGAUACCUUUAGAAAUCCAAAAUGAAAUCUCCAAUCUCCUUGAUUCCCAUUAUCCCAAAUUUGAAACAAAUAUUAAUGAAUCCGAAUCAACUACAUAUCUCAAGAUAUUUCAGGAUAUUGAUAAUAUUCAAGCAGAGUUGUUCCACAUUAUGAAAGACUACAGUUUACAGGAACGAUGCGACUUGUAUUUCUCAAAUGUUGAUACGAAAAAUGGUAUUAUUGUUGAUCCAGAAUACGAUUUCAAAUACGACAAGUUUAAUUAUCUAGAUUGGGAUGAAUACCGUCGAGAUUCUCUUAAUAAGUUAAAAGAAGAGUUGGAUGAUGAAUUCUAUGAUUUUGAAGGAAAUGAAUUGGAAGAUAGGAUCAGGGUCAAAUAUGAGAUUGCCAAGAUGAAAAACGAGGCUGAUGAACAAUUAUUACAUGAUUAUUUCUUGCACGUCAAAAUUUUCAACAAAUGUUAUAUUGAUGGAAAUAAUGGUUUUAUUGAAGAACAAAAACAACUACUAUCAGGUAUAAAUUUGAAUGGGAAAGUUCAGCAUUUCAAACCAAGACGUCAUAGUGCCAAUGUUAAAGCUUUAGAAACAAAAAUAUUCCCUUGGUUAACACAAAAAUUUCCUUACUAUGAUCUGUUACUAACUGGUGAAAUAACAACAUUAGAAGCUGAUUCUAAUAGUUUUUUACACACUCAAAAGAAUGUAUUAUCCGGUAAAGGAAUAGUGAUAACAAUUUCUGAUUCUCACUUAGACGAUUGUAUUAGACUAAUUCACUUGUUGAGAUAUCUUGAUAAUAAAUUACCUAUUCAGAUCAUUCAUACUGGGUUGUCAGAUGUAACCAAGAAUCAACUAAGACAAGCAAGUACUUCUGAUUUUCAAGGGAAACCCCAUCAAAACGUCACAUUAGUUAAUGUUACACCAGCAAUAGAAGAAAAAUACUUACACAAGUUUGAUAAAUUUGGGCAUAAAAUCCUUGCAGUAUUAUUCAACACAUUUCAAGAAAUCAUACUACUUGAUGCUGAUACUGUUUUAACUCAAAAACCAGCAAAAUUUUUCAAGUUGAAGAAAUACAAGAAAUCAGGUACAUUGUUUUAUAGAGAUAGAAACACUGCUGAAUAUCGUCCUGGUCAUGAUAUAACAAUGUUUUUGAAAUUGAUGAAUACUAAUAUGGAUUCAAAACUAUUUGAUUUACCACAAAUUUCAAAUAAAACCAUGGAUAUGCCAUUAUUUUCUCAAAAAAUAAGUCAUAUAAUGGAAAGUGGAUUAGUAUUAAUUAAUAGAAAGUCACAUUUUGGACAAAGUUUAAUAAUGGCAAAUAUGUAUUUUUUCCAUCCUAUUACCGAUCGAAUUUAUGGAGAUAAAGAAAUGUUUUGGUUAUCACUUUCAAUUUUAGGAGAUGAAAAUUUUGAAUUUAAUAAACAUCCCGCAGCAGCAAUAGGUCAAAUAACUCCAUAUCAAGAAAGAAUCAAAGGAUUGAAAACUGUUCCAGAGUCAUUGAUAUCUAAAGAAAUAUGUUCUAAUCAUCCAGCACAUAUAAAUGAUGAGGAUAAUCAUACAUUAUUAUGGUUUAAUUCAGGAUUCAAGUUUUGUAAUCAAUUAGAGAAAGUAAAUUUUGAAGAAGAAUUUAACAAAAAAGAUAGAUUUACACAUUUACGAACCAUAGAUCAAUUCAAAUCUUUCUGGGAAAGUAAAUUAUUGAUAGAAAGUGCAAUCAUUCCACCAGAAAAUAUAUUCUGUAAUGAAGAGUAUAAAAAUGAACCACGUAAAGCAUGGCAACAUAUGAACCAAUAUUGUGGAGGAUAUACUUGGUGUGCUUAUAGUUCAAUCGGAAAUGGUAAAAACAAACAAAACAAAGGAUUAGUUAUUUCAUAUUCUAAAAAAGAAAAACAAUAUUAUAGAAAAUUAGGAGAAAUAUGGAUGAGUGAUUAUAAUUAUUCACCAAGCUAA